UUUGGCUGGGAGCACAUGUGACUCAUCCCAACAACCCGGAGCUUAUAUUUUAAAUUUCAAAUCAAAUGCCCCACGUGCAUUCAUUUUUUCCCCACUUGGCGAGCAGUUGUGCUUCAAGGGGCGCAACACAUUGCCGCCUCGUUGGCUUAUCAAACACCGUGCUCGCAGGAGUUGAAGCCAUUGCUGAGUGAAGAUGAAAAGGAUGCCGCUGACUUCAGUGUUGAGCCCGGUGUCUAUUUCAUGAAAGGGCACAAUAUAAUGGCCAUGCUGUAGCUCUGUAGAAAGUGAGGCUCAUUGGGACCAGCUUGGAUCCAGUGGUGUUCCAAAGGUUCCAGUCACCCUCCAGGCUCUGCCAUGGACUUCUUUGAUGAUCCCAGCCUCUUUGUUGGAGGUUUGGAUGGACUGGAUGAGGAUGGCUUUCCCUCAGCACCAUCACUUGUGGAUGAGCUAAACCUCAGUGCGGACUUUGAGCCCCUCCAAGUGGAACCUCUAGGCCCAGGGAAGCACCAAGACAUAUUGCCCCCAGUUUCUACUCAACAAGUAAUGCCCACUUACAAUCAGCAGAUGGGUCACUACAUUGGUAUUAAGGCACAGAAUCCUACAGGGCAGGCAUUUCCUGGUCCUGGGGGCACAGGUGGUGGAGGCAGUGGCAUGAUGCCAGAGCAACAUGGUCAGUACCACAAUGCUGCCAUGAGCCAAGUACCUCAAUCCAAUGGGCUGUUCUGCAACAGUAGUAGUCCAAUGUGGGGUAACCAAGACCAGAAUGGGAACAUGUACCACCCUUUAUCUCAACAGCAGCAACAUCAGCAACAACCGCUUUGUCAUCAUCCUCAGCAGCAGCAACUGCACAACCAGCAACUUCAUGUCAGACAACAACAAAUACAACAGCAACAACACCACUCCUGUCAUCUUCAACAACAGGAGCAGCAGCACAGAAAGCGGCAGCAGCAGCUGCAACAACAGCAAAGUCAUCAGCAACAGCUGUUAAACCAGCGCCAGCAUCAACAAAUUAACACACAGACUAUGUCCCUGCAGCAACAGCAGCAUCAUGGUUUCUCCUUUCACCAGGGAAGUCAGCCUCAGAGCCAACAGCAAGUUCACCAUAGUCAGCAGCGGGUUCAGCACCAACUAACUGUAGGAGGACCAAGGUUCCAAACGAGGGCUCUGCCAAGUAAGUCUUACAUGGAUAGUCAGAAUGCUUCUCUGAGCGGAACCUGCUUGCAGCAACAUCAACAGCGUGGUAGCUACCAGCUGACCAGGGGAGGCCAAGCCUUCCCUGGAUCAGGGCCUGAGGACCCUAACCUGCCCUUCCCCAUACAUUCAUCUUCUAUGGUUCACUCCCUGCCAGCGUGCUCCGUCAGUUCUGCCAGUGCAUACCAACCAGCUCAGUACCCUGCUUACCCUGGAGAGCCAGAAAUACCCAGUCUCGAUCAGCAGUCUUUGUCCUCAGCCUCAGUUUCUGGGCCCACCACCACCACUGCACCUCUCUCUUCCACAAUGCCUGAGCUCUCAGGGACAGUAUGUCAGUUUCCACCCACAGGAGUUAUGAGUCAGCAGCACACUAGGGUCCCAGUUAGCCAGGCAGAAGAAUGUCCUUUCCGGGCCCUACAUUGCUCUGGAGCAACCCAGGGAAACUCCAGGUCAUCUGAGAUGUUUGGUGAAUCUAUGAGUUGCUACCCCAGUAUGACCAGCCAGCUGCCCUCUGAGCAGCCUCAGAGCUGCGGGGCCAUCAACACUAAUGGAUUCCAGGCUUUGGAAGAUAGUCUCCUGACAUCAGAGGCUCAGGAUGGAGACUUGGAGGGACUGGAGCCUCCUGACCUCCUGCCUGACCUACUGCCCCAGCUGGAGGCUGCUCUCAGCCAACAGGAUGAAUCCAACUGUUCCUGGGCCGAUUCCAGCCUGGGGAGAGGACAUGACCACAGGAAACAACCACCUGUUGAGUACAAGGAAGGGAAGCCCCGAAAGAACGCUAAUGGUCCUGGUAGCCAGGUACGGGUCCUCAGUCCCCCAGUGAAGAGCAGCUCAUCGUCCUCCUCCUCUUCCUCAUCUUCUUCGUCCUCAUCCAGCUCCUCAUCGGAGAAGAGGACGCCACGGAGGACACACCAUCAGAUGGAGUCAACUCUGCAGGACAAGCAGGAGAAGGCCAAUAGGAUAAUAUCAGAAGCUAUUGCAAAGGCCCGGCAGCGUGGAGAGAAGAACAUCCCCAGAGUUAUGAGCCCCGAGAGCUUCCCCAGCUCUUCCUCACAGUACAAGACCCACCGUGACCGCGAGCACAAAGGAAACGGCAAGGCACGGCCCAAAGAGAAGGUUUCUAGGAAGGCCUGCAUUGUACCCUCCUCCAAGCCCAAGCAGAAGGCCAAGAUUGGGAAAAUUGUCAUCAAGAUUGGAAAGAAGAAAAAGCGAAAGCCAGAGUCUUCAGAGGAAGAGUUGGAUGAUGACCCUCCCCCUCGACAUACUUCUAAAGAUGACGACUCUAAGAGGAGAUCUAAUCGGCAGGUGAAGAGAAAGAAAUAUGCUGAGGAGCUGGAGGCCAGGUUGUCAGAUGAGGAGGUCAAGGUUAUUGUCAAAGCCAAGAAAACCAACACUGCAGCAUCCAAGGAGCCUGCUCUUCAACUCUUUGUAGAGAAUCCCAGUGAAGAGGAUGCUGCUGUUGUUGACAAAAUCAUGUCUUCUCGAAUCGUUAAGAAGGAGGUCUCUCCAGGAGUGGUGGUCGAAGUGGAAGAGUUUUUUGUGAAAUACAAAAACUACUCCUACCUACACUGUGAGUGGGCCACAGAGCAACAGCUGGAGAAGGACAAGAGGAUUCAGCAGAAGAUCAAACGCUUCAAGAUGAAACAAGCACAGAGGGCACUCUUCUUUGCAGAUAUGGAAGAGGAGCCCUUUAACCCUGACUAUGUAGAGGUAGACAGAGUGCUGGAAGUGUCGUAUUGUGAGGACAAAGACACAGGAGAGGAGGUGGUGUACUACCUGGUGAAGUGGUGCUCGCUGCCUUACGAGGAUAGCACCUGGGAGCUGAAGGACGACGUAGAUCAGAGCAAAAUUGAAGAGUUUGAGCAGCUGCAGGCAGCCAAGCCAGACUCGCGCAGGGUGGAGCGGCCCCCAGCCAAUCUGUGGAAGAAGAGGGAGCAGUCGAGGGAAUACAGGAAUGGCAACAGCCUCAGGGAUUACCAGCUAGAGGGGGUCAACUGGCUCCUCUUCAACUGGUACAACAGACGGAACUGCAUCCUGGCAGACGAGAUGGGCCUCGGAAAGACUAUCCAGUCCAUCACAUUCCUAGAGGAGAUCCACCGUGUGGGCAUCAAGGGGCCAUUCCUCAUUAUUGCUCCGCUCUCCACUAUUGCCAACUGGGAGCGUGAGUUCCAUACUUGGACCCACCUCAACGUAAUCGUCUACCAUGGAAGCAUGGUCAGCAGGCAGAUGCUCCAGCAGUAUGAGAUGUAUUUCAGGGAUGCACAGGGCCGUGUGAUACGAGGUGCCUACAGGUUCCAGGCUGUUAUCACCACGUUUGAAAUGAUCCUGGGAGGCUGUCCUGAACUCAACGCCAUAGAAUGGCGCUGUGUUAUCAUUGAUGAGGCCCACCGCCUCAAGAACAAGAACUGCAAGCUGCUGGAGGGCUUCAAGCUCAUGAGCCUGGAGCACAAGGUCCUGCUGACAGGUACUCCUCUCCAGAACACAGUGGAGGAGCUCUUCAGCCUGCUUCACUUCCUGGAGCCGGCACGCUUCCCCUCAGAAAACACCUUCAUGCAGGAGUUUGGAGACCUAAAGACUGAGGAGCAGGUGCAGAAGCUUCAGGGUAUCCUGAAGCCCAUGAUGCUGCGUCGGUUGAAGGAGGAUGUGGAGAAGAAGUUGGCUCCUAAAGAAGAAACCAUCAUUGAGGUUGAGCUCACCAAUAUUCAGAAGAAAUAUUACCGCGCCAUCCUAGAGAAAAACUUCUCUUUCCUGGCUAAAGGAGCUGGCCAGUCAAAUAUGCCCAAUCUGGUCAACACCAUGAUGGAGCUGAGAAAGUGCUGCAACCACCCCUACCUCAUCAAAGGGGCAGAAGAGAAGAUCCUUGAGGACUUCAGGGAAGUAUAUAGCCCCACUGCCAUCGACUUUCACCUGCAGGCCAUGGUGCAGUCUGCCGGGAAACUGGUCCUUAUUGACAAACUGUUGCCCAAGAUGAAGGCCGGAGGGCACAAGGUGCUCAUCUUCUCCCAAAUGGUGCGCUGCCUUGACAUCUUGGAAGACUACCUCAUUCAGAGAAGGUACUUGUAUGAGAGGAUAGAUGGCCGUGUUCGUGGGAACCUGCGGCAGGCCGCCAUCGACCGCUUCAGUAAGCCCGACUCGGACCGCUUCGUUUUCCUCCUGUGCACAAGAGCUGGUGGCCUGGGAAUCAACCUCACAGCAGCAGACACCUGCAUUAUCUUUGACUCUGACUGGAACCCACAGAACGACCUGCAGGCCCAGGCUCGCUGCCAUCGGAUCGGUCAGAACAAGGCAGUGAAGGUGUACCGUCUGAUCACCAGGAACUCGUACGAGCGGGAAAUGUUUGAUCGCGCCAGUCUCAAGCUGGGCCUGGACAAAGCGGUACUGCAGAGCAUGAGUGGCCGAGAUAACAGCCUGGGAGGAGGCGCCGGGGGAGGGGCGGUGCAGCAGCAGCUGUCGAAGAAGGAGAUUGAGGAUCUGUUGAGACGUGGUGCUUACGGGGCCAUCAUGGAUGAGGAGGAUGAAGGGGCCAAAUUCUGUGAGGAGGACAUUGACCAGAUCCUCCAACGCAGGACAAAGACCAUCACCAUUGAGUCUGAGGGACGAGGUUCCACCUUUGCUAAGGCCAGUUUUGUGGCGUCUGGAAACCGCACAGACAUUGCUCUGGAUGACCCCAACUUCUGGGACAAGUGGGCCAAAAAGGCUGACAUUGAUAUGGAUAUGGUCAAUGGCAGAAAUAGUUUGGUGAUCGACACUCCUCGUGUCAGAAAACAGACAAGGCCGUUCAGCGCCACCAAGGAUGAGCUGGCAGAGCUUUCGGAGGGUGAAAGCGACAGUGACGACACCAAACCUAAGCUCAGGCGAAACCACGACCGCCUCAACAGCUACGGACGCACAGAGUGCUUCAGAGUGGAGAAGAACCUGCUUGUCUAUGGGUGGGGUCGAUGGAAGGAUAUUCUCAACCAUGGGCGUUUUAAGAAGCAGCUUACAGAGAGGGAUGUAGAGUCAAUCUGCAGGGCCCUGCUGGCCUACUGCCUGGUCCAUUACCGUGGAGAUGACAAAAUCAAAAGCUUCAUGUGGGACCUGAUUGCCCCUACUGAGGACGGACGCACCAAAGAGCUGCAGAAUCACCUGGGUUUGUCUGCCCCAGUCCCUCGGGGCAGAAAGGGGAAGAAGAUGAAGACACAGUCCAGCUCUUUUGAUAUCCACAAAGCUGAGUGGCUCAGGAAACACAACCCAGAGCACAUGCUUCAGGACGACGGCUACAAGAAACACCUCAAACACCACUGCAACAAGGUGCUGCUCAGGGUCAGAAUGCUCUACUACCUGAAACAAGAGGUGAUAGGAAACCAGGCCCAGAAAGUGCUAGACGGCGUGGACUCCAGUGAGAUAAAGAUUUGGGUGCCAGAGCCAGACCAUUCAGAGCUGCCAGCCCUUUGGUGGGAUGCCAUCUCCGACAAGUGUCUACUGCUGGGUGUAUAUAAGCAUGGUUAUGAGAAGUACAACACUAUUCGUGCAGACCCUACCCUGUGCUUCCUAGACCGCGUGGGACGACCGGAUGAGAAGGCCAUUGCCGCUGAACAGAGAGGCAAUGAUUUUAUGGAUGGGGAUGUGGAUGAUCCAGAAUACAAGCCUGCCCCAGCCCUGCUGAAGGACGAUAUGGAGGAUGAUGCCUCUUCUCCUGGAGACUUGGUUGUCACUGACAACGCUGGAGAUGCAGCUCCAGUGACAGAGGGUGAAUCUGCCUACUGGCCUUCCUCCUCGGUGUUGACAGCAAGGCUCAGGCGUCUGAUCACAGCCUCCCAGCGCUACACCAAGAGCCGUCAGAUCCUCCACAUCCACCAGACUCAGUCUCAGUCCCAGCAGACCAUGAUACUGUCUGCUCCGCUCUGCCCGCUGCCCCCCACACUCAACGACACCCUCAACCCCAAGAUGGCUGCUAAGAUUGAACGCCAACAAAGAUGGACCAGACGAGAAGAAGCUGACUUCUACCGGGUGGUCUCCACUUUCGGUGUUGUUUUUGACCCAAAUCUUGGCCGGUUCGACUGGACCAAGUUCAGGGCCAUGGCUCGGCUGCACAAGAAGACUGACGAGAGCCUACAGAAAUACCUGUGUGCUUUCACCGCUAUGUGCCGACGGGUGUGUCGCCUGCCACCCAAAGAGGGAGACUCUGCGGUGGACCCGUCUCUCACCAUCCAGCCCAUCACAGAGGAGCGAGCGUCUCGUACCCUGUACAGAGUAGAGCUGCUUCGCCAAGUGAGGGAACAAGUCCUUCGGCAUUCGUUACUCUAUGAGCGCCUGUCGCUGUGCCAGAUGAGCUCUGACUUGCCCGUCUGGUGGGAAGCUGGUACCCAUGACCGCGACCUGCUAAUAGGUGCUGCUAAGCACGGCGUCAGCCGCACAGAUUACCACAUUCUGAGGGACCCUGAGCUCAGCUUCAUGGCUGCCCAGCGCAACUACAGCCAAACAAAAGCAGCACAGCAGCAAUCACGCACAUCCACCCCGCUCCUACACCCUCAGCACCAGGCCACCAGCUCAGUGUUGACAGGCUCUCCGUUGCCUCCAGCGGCCCAGAGAGAUGCAGAGCCUUGUGGGGUUGUACCCAAAGUGGAACCAGCCUCAGAAGGGGAGGAGGGCAGGGAGAAACGGGGCGAGAGCUGGAGCCCUCCUCGAGCACCAGCUACUCCCACAGGUCUGGAAGAGAAGCCUGUUUCUGAGAUGAGGGACAAUGAGAGGCAGAUGGUGGCAGCACGGACCAAGCCCCUCACACCCAACUCCUCAGAGAGGAAACCCAAGAAGGCCAGCAAGAGGGGCCGCAGGGAGGCCAGGCGUGGCUCAGAGUCUAACUCAGAUGGCUCGUCCUCAAGUUCUUCAUCGCGCUCCUCCUCCUCUUCGUCAUCUUCAUCAUCUUCCUCGUCACAUUCCGGGUCCAGCUCCUCCUCCUCUUCUUCAUCUUGCUCUUCUGGCUCUUCUUCGUCAUCGUCCUCCUCUUCAUCUUCUUCUGAUGACAGCGAAAGUGAAGGAGAGGAAAGGAAGAAGAAAGUGCCUGCAGCAGUGAGUGUAAAGGGCUUUGAUGAGGACAGUGUGGCAUCUCUGAGCACUACACAGGAUGAAACACAAGACACCCAUGUGGCUGAGAAUGGCGUCACCAACAACUCCUCGCAUCCUUUCCAGGGAGGAGGAUACAUGCUUGCUGCAUCUUACUGGCCAAAGGAUCGUGUGAUUAUCAACCGCCUGGACAGCAUCUGCCAGGCAGUGCUAAAAGGCAAGUGGCCAGGAACACGUCGGGUCUACGAGCCUGGAGGCGCAGUGGCCUCCUUCUACACCACAAAACUGCUGGACAACGCCAACAGCCUGUGCGAGGACCCCUCUGCCUCGCCACAGGGGUCAAAGGUGACCAAGCAUGUUGCAGAAAACAAGGAGUUCUCAGUAAAACUCAAUGAUCAGGAGGGAGGUCUGAAGUUGACCUUCCAGAAACAGGGUCUACCUCUAAAGAGGCCCCUGGAGUCUGAGGAGGGCCCCCAAGCCCAGCAGCAGUACCUGGCCCGGCUUCAUGAGUUGCAGAGCGCCUCGGACACAGGCCUGGCUGACAUCACCAAGCCUCAGUGCAGCUUCCAGACUGUGCCUCCAGGUCUUACGGGCCAGAUGAGGCUGAAUGGAGUACUGGAAGGCCAACCAGUGGUUAAGAAGCGAAGGGGAAGGAGGAAGAACGUAGAGGGGAUGGACCUGCUCUUCAUGAACAGGAAUAGAGUCCCUGCUGUUCCUGAUCAGGUGCCUCCAGGCUGGGGCGGUAUUGGCCAGGUGGGCGCGGCUAUGGCAUCUACACCGGGUUACAGCCAGAGCUCCAGUCAGGUCCCUGGGGACACAGAGAGCAGGGUCCCCGUCAUCAACCUCAAAGAUGGCACCCGCCUUGCUGGGGAUGACGCUCCCAGGAAGAAAGAUCUAGAACAGUGGCUCAAAGAGCACCCGGGCUUUGUAGCAGACACAGGAGCCUUUAUUCCUGGGGUUAAUAAGAUGCAAAUGCAGUUCCACUUCCAGGAUGGCCGGCCCAAGCAGAAGAGGCACCGCUGUAGGAACCCCAACAAGAUUGAUGUCAACAGCCUGACAGGAGAGGAGAGGGUCCAAAUCAUCAACAGGAGAAAUGCACGCAAGGUUGGUGGAGCCUUUGCUCCUCCUCUGAAGGAUCUGUGCCGGUUCCUUCAGGAAAACCCAGAGUAUGGAGUCCCACCUGAAUGGGCAGAUGUGGUCAAACAGUCGGGUUACCUCCCGGAGAGCAUGUUUGAUAGAAUCCUGACAGGACCCAUUGUUCCUGAGGAGGUGAGCCGGCGUGGACGUCGCCCCAAGAAUCCUCUGGCCAAGGCGGCGGCUGCAGCAGCGGCCGCAGCAGCAGCACCCAACGCAGCAGCCUCUGCCCUCGGUCUGAACCCCCUGCUGGCCAACGGCCUCCUUUCUGGAAUGGACCUGACCAGCCUGCAGGCCUUCCAGCAAAACCUCCAGAGUUUACAGUCCCUGCAGCUCACCGCAGGCCUGAUGGGGCUGCCGUCCGACGCUAGCAACCUGGCCGCAAGCAACUUGGCUGCCAUGUUUCCCAUGAUGCUGUCUGGUAUGGCUGGAUUGCCAAACCUGCUCAGCAUGAGCAGCUUGCUUGGGAAGCCUGCUCAGGAGGGUGCAGGAGGCUCAGAGGAAAAAACAAAGGGAACCACCAGCGGUGCAACAGGAGAGCCGUCUGCCUCUAAAGCCCCUUCUCACACCUCAGACACCAAAGGAGAAAGGACAGAGGGCUCGAACACGACUCCUUCCUCAACUUCUAGCUCCACUUCCUCCACCACCGCCCCACAAAGUGCUUCAGCUGCCUCUGCAGCCUCCAGUCACCCACUGUCUCUUAACCCCUUGUUACUCUCCAGUAUGCUUUACCCAGGGAUGCUUCUCACUCCAGGCCUUAACCUUCCAGUGUCUGCUACACAGCCGCAGAGCUCAAACAGUGACCCCACCCCUCCUUCCGCUCCUCCUCCGCCUGCGGCCGCCAAGUCAUCGCCACAGGAGACAGAGCGGCCAGCGGAAGAGAAGGACGGAGAGGAGGACGACGAGGCAUUAGAAGAGGCUUUGGACGAAGAAGAGGAAGAAGAGGAGGAGGAGUCGGCAGAACAAAAAGAGAACAGUGGUCCUGAAGGUUCGGGGAAAGCUGAGUCAUCUUCAUCAGAGUCUGGGAGCUCGUCCUCAUCCUCAGACGAUUCAGACUCCAGUGAUGAGGACUGAUCCUAUGAAUAUAUAAUUAUAAAUUUAUUUAUAUAUCGCCUAGAAAUGUAUACAUAUAUUCACAUAUAUAUGGAUUUUCCAGCACUUAUGUUGCGAUUUCUUUACAUGUAAAUACAAGAACUAACUAAAAUGUUGUGUAAUAAAGACUACAAAAACCUAAAAACAAAAAAACCUUCAAAAAACCCUUUAAAAAAAAACAGGAAAAACUGACUUAAAAAGAAACUGAAAUAAAAUUUCAGCGUUUGUUCACAAGGUACAGUCUUGUUUUGAGACAUUUUGCAUGUCAGACUUUAGUAGAUUUCUGAACUCUGUGAACUUGUACCACACGAUUAUGUACAAUUGCAACAAAAAAGGCAUUAUUGUAAUUAUGUCAGGAUUUAAUUUUAUUAAAAAAGUGAAACUACAUCAACAUGCUCGUUGAGCUGUACUAUUAAUAUAUUUUGAUUGUCGGGGGUUGGGGGAAUGACACUUGACAAACACUUUGGUUUCUCUUGUAAAUACUCAGUACUUUUACAGGUUCGUUGACAAUUAUGCUUUGCAGAUCAUGCGUUGGAUAUGUCAGCAAUAACUUGGGCAGCUAAUGAAUGUCACUGAAGCUGUAGAUUCUCUGUCUGCCAUGUUCCACCCCACCCUCCCCACCCCCCAGUGCACAAGUCACGCAGCCUCACCUACCUGUCACUUGGCUUCGUGUCACAUUGAAGAGUUCAUUUCUACAUUUGCUCUCAUCCAUUUUGGAAACAGAAUUACCUGAAUCCCCUUUCUUAAUAUUUCUUCGAUUUAGGGGGAAAUCUGUAGAAGUAUUAUUAUUAUUAUUUUUCAAUCAAGAACAUAAGCUCGGAUCAUUAUUUAAUUCUGUGAUAUUUUUAAGGUUUCAUUUUUCACAUGGGUUAUCUGAUUUUACAGACUUCAUUUUCACCAUCACCUUACAAACAUGUUCCAACAUGUCCGAGGCGCGCACUUUAGCUUCCCACAGUAGGCAUACAUGUUCACUUGCACGUCUGUUGAUUUUUACAGAGUCUAAUAAACUCCUUGAGCUGUGGGGACAGAAGACAACCUUUUACUGUGUGCCAAAAACUGCCCUUGGACCCUCUGAGGUCCUGACAGAGUUUUGUGGUCUCUGUUUUAGUGGAAAAGUUCAGGAUUCUUGAUGACAUGGAUAUUAUUACUACAGCCCCGGUGUAUUUGACUGCAUCUUACCUCAACUGUUCUCAAUGGAUUGGCUUCACUGUGCAAAUGUACAUGUGCAUGGGUGUGUGUUUUCUUGCUGUCCAUGUACACAAUGUCCUCGUCUCUGCUGGAAUGUGUGUGUGUCAGAGGCCUUUUUUUCUGAGAGCUUCCACUGUGUUGUUUUCUUUGGCUGGACUGCUCCUCUCACCUGGUUAUCUACUGCUUCCAUAACUUUCCAGGCUGAAUGUUUUUGCAGUAAGGAGGGGGCGCCUUGUAAGCUAUGACUAGUGGAAACCACAUUACAAGUGUUUUUUGACCUUUAAAAAUGACUCGUUAUAAAUUUGGAAGGAAAUUUUCAUGUUGCAUGACCACCUGUCUACCAAAGUCUUACAGAAAAUACUUGGCACAAGCACAAAAUAGUUCAAAUCCUGGCUAAGAUUGUAGUAACUGUCAUCGUCUUUUUUGAGUAUUAAAUUUUACACAGUGCCAGACGGGCUAGCUUCAGGAAGGGCUCAACAAUAGCAGCUUGUGUCGCUGGAAGUUUUGCAGUGUUGUUGUCUGUUGUUUCACGUCAUCCUCAACUCUGUUCUGCUGAUGAAUGGAGCUUCAGCUAGAUGUAGAAGUGCCCUUAUCCUGUACCUCACUCUCUCAACUCAACUUCUGUCUGACAAAGCAAACUGCUCGGAUCUGUGCUCCGUGCUUGUGCAUUUUUUUUUUUUUCAUCAUGGCUGUACAUGUUCAUUUGAAGCUGUUAACACUGGAGUUCACUCAAGCCGAAGUACCUUUGUAAUUCUUCUCUAGCACAACAGUGCUUUGCUCUAGGACUGCUGUUACACAGUGGACUGUUAGAUACACGUUUCACAUUUUAUUUCUGGGGUGAGGUCUUUGUUUGGACUGGGGACAACAGAGCGCUCUUCCUGUGCUGGAGAAAACCCACUGUAAUAACUCAGUCUGGUUAGUUCUUAAGUAUUUCUGUAGCAUUGUUCUUUAGUGGGUUAAACUAUGAACAACCCCCAUGGUCUGAACACAAAGACUGAAGACACGUCUGACUUCUGAUGUUGCUUUAAAGUGGUUUUCUUGUAUGCCUGUUAUAUAUAGACCUCAUCAUGGGUUUGCUUGCAAUGCAAUUGCAUUUUUGUUUUUUUGUUUUUAUAUUAUUACUAACAGUACGGUAUUUUUCUAUGUCUGAGCAAUGAACUUAAACAUGCCACUGUCAUUUUGUAUAUCUGCACCUCUGCUCUCUUUAAACUUGUAGUGCCCUUAUGCAAACACCCAGCCAUUGCUACUUCUGCUGUAGGUGACUGAUCUAACGACUUUUGCUACUUUGUGUUGCCCCACAGUGAUGGGUUGAUGGAUUGAUGACUGUGAUGAGCCUCUUUAGGACACAAAUGGAAAAAAAAAAUGCUAGACAUGAGAUUGGACUUUUUGCUUUAAUUUUUGCUAUUUUGUUUUUUUUUUUUGUUUUGUUUUGUUUUCCUAGGUUGUACUGUACAAGGACUCCCAAAGCACUGCUAGUGCUACAGAAGCAGCGUUAAACCUGCAUUAAACACACACACACACACACACACACACACACACACACACACACACACACACGUUCAAGUAAACAGUGACCAAUAUGCAAGAGGAAUGACAAAACACACUACUGCUGUACAGGGAGGUUUUCGUUCAGUUUUCACACAUGUAAUCACUGAGAUGACAAAACUAGCAUCACUGGUUUGUAUUUUUAUUUCAAUUCAAGCUUGAUAAUAUCCUAAAUGUCACCUUGGUCAGUUUUUGUCUUUUUUUUUUUUUUUCAUUGGACAGUUGUAAUAUUUGCAAGUUGUGGUCUGUGUAGUCAAAAUAAUUCUUUAUGUAGUGCAGGAAAACGCGUCUUAAAAGUCAUUUGUAAUUUAUUGGAUUACUUUCUAUGAAGUUCUAUAGAGGAAAUUGAGGUUUAAUUAUUUUUAUUAAACAUAUUCUUCUGACUAUCCAUAAA